UAAAACAAUUUUCAAAGUUACAGAGAAAGAGAGAUACCAUAUCGUUUGGUGUUUGAUUAAUUAACAUGUAGAAUGAUAAUUCAAUCUCACUAUGAUAUUUAUAAGGCUGCGUAUUCCCUCUUCGCCGUAGCUCGAGUAUUUCUGGACGGUGCGAUUCCAAUCAAAUGCCGCUUGGUCUAUUACUCUGAUGCUCGGAAAAUUAAGAACAAUGAUUCUGAAGCCUCUCUCAUUUCCAUCGAAUUUAAGGUACGCUACUAAAGCCCAGCUUCCCCUUCUCUGUCGCCUCUUCUUCAGCACAAACCCCACCUCUGUCGACCAAGACGCAGAGGUCGUUUAUCGCAUCAUCACUCGCUCAUCCUCUCCUGAAGACCUAAAACAAUCUAUAAAUUCCAGUGGGAUUUUUCCCAAUAACGAUUUGAUCGAUAAAGUUCUCAAAAGGGUCAGGUUUGGUCAUGGGAACCCCUUGCAAGCACUUGAGUUCUUUAAAUUCACUGCCAAUAGAAAAGGGUUUUAUCAUACUUCGAAUUCUUUAGAUACCAUGCUUUAUAUAUUGGGCAGGAGUCGUCAAUUUGAUCAUAUUUGGGAUGUUUUGAUUAAAAUGAAGAGGAAAGACCCGUCUUUGAUUUCCUCACGAACUAUGCAAGUGGUUUUGGGUAGAAUUGCUAAGGUAUGCUCUGUUAGGCAGACUGUGGAAUCUUUUAGAAGGUUCAAGAAGUUGGUUCCUGUGUUUGAUACCAUUUCUUUCAAUGCACUGUUGAGGACCUUGUGUCAAGAGAAGAGCAUGGCCGAUGCUAGAAAUGUGUAUCACACAUUGAAGAAAGAGUUUAGGCCUAAUUUACAGACUUUUAAUAUACUUUUAUCAGGUUGGAAAUCAUCAGAGGAAGCAGAGUCAUUCUUUGAGGAAAUGAAGGAAUUGGGUGUCAAGCCUGAUGUUGUCUCUUAUAAUUCUUUGAUUGAUGUCUAUUGUAAGGGAAGGGAGAUGGAGAAGGCCUACAAGGUGCUUGAGAAAAUGAGAGAGGAGGAUAUAUCACCAGAUGUGAUAACAUAUACCAGCAUCAUUGGAGGGUUGGGAUUGAUAGGUCAACCUGAUAAAGCUAGAGAUGUAUUAAAGGAAAUGAAGGAGUAUGGAUGCUACCCAGAUGUUGCAGCAUAUAAUGCUGCUAUUAGGAAUUAUUGUAUUGCAAAGAGGCUUGGUGAUGCUUCAAGUUUGAUGGAGGAGAUGGUGAGCCAGGGUUUCAAUCCAAAUGCUACUACUUACAAUUUGUUCUUUAGGGUAUUUUAUUGGUCAAAUGACUUGAGGAGGUCGUGGAGUUUGUAUAGAAGGAUGAUGGAUGCUGGGUGCUUGCCUAAUACACAGUCUUGUAUGUUUUUAGUUAGGUUGUUCAAGAAGCAUGAAAAGGUGGAUCUAGCUCUACUGCUUUGGAAUGACAUGGUGGAGAAGGGUUUUGGUUCAUAUACUUUGGUGUCUGAUGUGUUGUUUGAUUUACUUUGUGAUUUCGGGAGGUUGGCAGAAGCGGAGAAGUGUUUCUUGCAGAUGAUUGAGAAAGGGCAGAAACCAAGCAAUGUUGCUUUCACGAGGAUCAAAGUUCUCAUGGAAUUGGCAAACAAGCAUGACGCACUCCAAAACUUAUCAGAGAAGAUGGCAAGCAUGACACAGCAAUUAAUCUAUUGAGUAGGGGGGUGUGGCCGUGGCUGUGCAACCUGAAAAGGAAAUUAUAUUGAAGAAGAAACCUCUGAAAAAGAAUCGGGAGGGAAAUUAUAUUGAAGAAGAAACCUCUGAAAAAGAAUCGGGAGGUGGUUGUGACGGGGAUGAGCGUGGUAACCUCAAUACGUCAAGAUGCAGAUACAUUCUAUAAUAAUCUUCUUGAUGGUGUCAGUGGAAUAAGUGAGAUUGAGGCUUUUGACUGCUCUCAGUUUCCCACUAAAAUUGCAGGUGAAAUCAAAUCUUUCUCAGCAGAUGGAUGCGUCUCACCCAAGCUUUUUAAGAGGGCAGAUAAAUCUGUGCUUUACUUGCUCACUGCAGGCAAGAAAGCCUUGGCAGAUGCUGGAAUUACAGAACAAGUUAUGAAUGUUUUGGAUAAAACUAGAUGUGGGGUUGUUAUUGGCUCUGCAUUGGGAGGCAUGAAAAUUUUAAUGAUGCAAUAGAAGCAUUGAGGGUUACAUAUAAAAAGAUGAAUCCAUUUUGUGUACCAUUUGCAACAACUAAUGUGGGUUCAGCUAUACUAGCAAUGGAUUUGGUAAGCUCAAAAAGCUAGAUAGAUUAGUACUACAUAACAAAUUUCUUGGUGCAGCAGAUUGCACUUUACUGGUUGCCCAAUUGCAGGGAUGGAUGGGCCCUAACUACUCAAUCUCUUCUGCUUGUGCAACUAGCAACUUUUGCAUACUUAAUUCAGCAAACCACAUCAUCAGAGGGGAAACAGUAGAUCUCAAAAUUUUAAAGCUGUGCUCUUUUUAACUGUGGAAUUUGCAGGACUUGAUGCUUUGUGGUGGUUCUGAUGCAGCCAUUAUUCCAUUAGGUAAUGUUGUUGGUUUCAAGAAUGAGAAUUUUUUAAGUCUAUGAACUAACUGAUAGC